AUGAGGAAAGCGUCAUUAGCUUUCCAAUCCAACAAGCUCCUCGUCGACGAGAAAGAGUUCGGACCAAGGCGACCGAUCUCCCGACCGCCAGUAGCAACCCGGCCAAUUUCAACUCCUCCAACGUAUCUCAAGAGGUCGCUUGAUUUGGGUUCGAAUCUGGACUCCAUAAUUCAAUUCACCCUUAAACUCGCUUUCGGGAACUCCGAUUUCACACCAUCGGAACAGUUUGGGCUUGCUCAAAACGUCGUCGCACGGCAGUCAGACGGCCAGGUGGAGCCCGUCAGAGGAAAGAAAGAAGAAAAUCAAGAGGCUUUUGGAUGCCAAUGGAUUGGAUGUGAGCAAGCAUAUAUGUUGGAUACAUUAGAGAUGACAGAGUCAGAGUACAAGAAAUGGGAAAAAUAG